AUGUCUCUCUAAGAAAUAGAUGUUUAACCUGAUCAACAAUAUAUUGAUUAACUUAAAAUCAAAGUUAAAAUCUAAGAAAUUCAGGAAACAGCACUCCUUAUACAUCUUUCCACUAUUUCAUUACCUAUUUUAUUAAGCAAAUUUUUUGUAAUGUUUUUCUAUUUAAACAGACUCUAGAUUUUAUCAAAUCAUAAAUAAGACUAAGUUUAAUCAUCAUUUACAUUUUUAUAUUGAUUUCCGUCUAAUUUUGCACAGAAUCUAUCUCAAAUGUAUACUUUUAUUAAUAUACAAUUAUUUAUAGAAACCUCUAAAGUAUGUUAUCUUUUAUAUUCAUUUGAUCACAAAAGUUUAUAUCAUAUUUUGUCUGUGUAAAAUCAAAAUUUUUGAGGUACUUUAUUAAUAUUAUUUAGUCAUUCUUAAUUGUUAUGAGUAUAGCCUAUUUAAGUAUUUAUUGUUUUCUAAAGACCAGAGACAUUAUUAAAGGACAUAAUGAUUUGUUAGUAAAAUACUAUCGUGUUCAUAUUGUAACAAUCAGUUUUUUAACAACUUUCUUAUUAGUUUAGGAAUUAUAUUACAAAUGGUAUGUAAUUCCAAUCUAUUGGUUAUUUAUGAUACUUUAUAUGAUGUUUGUUUUGUUAAAUUUACAAUUGGUAGAACAUAGAGAAUAUCUUUGGUAAAAUAAUGAUAUUUACACUACUUCUGUAUUGAUUGAUAGUGAUUUAAUUGCUCCAGCUAAUUUGCUGAAAUUAUAAAAUUAAAUCAAACGAACUGACAAUCAUUAAGAAGUUUAAAAAUAAGAAGUAAUAGAAGAUUCUGAAAUUGAGGAACUUGAAUAAUCAGAAAUAUGA